CCUCUGGUCAGAAUGAAGAUCCUGGCCCUCUGCCUCGUCUGCCUGUUUUGCUGUAACGCAGUUCGGGUUGAAAGGCGCCGUCCAAGACCCAUCAUGGCCAGAAGGAAAAAUGAGACUGCUGUCCAAACCAAAGCAGCACAGAACCCUUGCAAGGCCACCCCACUGGAUUUUGUCUUUGUAAUCGACAGCUCCAGAAGCAUCCGUCCCAGCGACUAUGAGAAGGUCAAAACCUUCAUCGUCAACGUGAUUCAGUUCCUCACGAUUGGCCCUGAUGCGACACGGGUUGGUCUGCUCCAGUAUGGCAGCGUGGUCCAGCCUGAGUUCUCCCUCAAGACUUACACCAAUAAGGCCGAAGUGGAGCAGGCGGUGAGGAACAUGGAGCACCUUGCCACAGGGACCAUGACCGGUCUGGCCAUCCAGUACACCAUGGAGACUGCCUUCACGGAGGAAGAGGGAGCACGACCGGCAAACCUGCACAUCCCACGAAUUGCUAUGAUUGUGACUGAUGGGAGGCCACAGGACACAGUGGAGGAAGUUGCAGCUCAGGCGCGGCAGGCUGGCAUCCAGAUCUUUGCUAUAGGAGUGGGCAGGGUGGAUAUGAACACCCUGAAGGCCAUAGGGAGCGAGCCUCACUCUGAGCAUGUUCACCUGGUGGCCAACUUCAGCCAGAUAGCAACCCUCAUCUCCGUGUUCCAGUCCACACUGUGUGGAGUUUCAGAGAUGUGUGAGGUUGUGGACCAUCAGUGCCAACAUAUCUGUGUGAGCAGCCCUGCUUCAUACCGGUGCCAGUGCAGGGAAGGGUUCAUCCUAAACCCUGAUGGCAAGACAUGUAAAGAAAUUGAUCACUGUGCUGAUGGCACGCAUGGGUGUGAGCAGGAGUUUAUGAACACCAAAGACUCCUGUGUGUGUAAAUGCAGGAAAGGCUUCACACUCAACCCUGACGGAAAAACUUGCAAGAAGAUUGAUCACUGCGCUGAUGGUUCUCAUGGCUGUGAACAGGAGUUUGAAAAUACAGACGACUCAUGUGUGUGCAAAUGCAGAAAAGGCUUCACCCUCAACCCUGACGGAAAAACUUGCAAGAAGAUUAAUCACUGCGCUGAUGGUUCUCAUGGCUGUGAACAGGAGUUUGAAAAUACAGACGACUCAUGUGUGUGCAAAUGCAGAAAAAGCUACACCCUCAGGCCUGAUGGGAAAACAUGCAAGAAGACUGAUCACUGUGCUGAUGGGAAACACGGCUGUGAACACGACUUUAUGAACACAGAAGAUUCAUGUGUGUGUAAAUGCAGAGAAGGAUACACACUGCGACCUGAUGGCAAAACAUGUCAGAGUCUGGAUCUAUGUCAGACUGUUGACCAUGGCUGUGAACAUCAGUGUGUCAGCACCACUGACUCUUAUGUGUGCAGAUGUUUUGAAGGAUUUAUCUUGGCUGAGGAUGGGAAGAGCUGCAAAAAGCCAGAGUGUGGCGAUGGAGUCAUGGAUCUGGUUUUUGUGAUCGACGGCUCCAAGAGUCUGGGCCCUGCCAACUUUGAGCUGGUCAAACAGUUUGUAAACGGCAUUGUCGACUCGCUGGACAUUUCCAAGAUGGGCACACACGUCGGCCUUCUUCAGUAUUCCACCAAGGUCCACACCGAGUUCACCCUGGGCCAGUACACCACAGCGCGGGAUGUCAAACAAGCUGUGGCCCAGAUGCAGUACAUGGGGAGAGGUUCUAUGACCGGCUCAGCCCUGCGUCACAUGUUUGAGUUCAGCUUUUCAGUCAAAGAGGGUGCCAGGCCAAACACCCCACGUGUCACCGUUGUGUUCACUGAUGGGAGAUCACAGGAUGAUGUUUCUGAAUGGGCGACUAAAGCAAAGAACUCUGGAAUCACCAUGUAUGCCUUGGGUGUUGGAAAAGCCAUUGAGCAGGAGCUGAGAGAAAUAGCCUCAGAGCCUAAUGAAAAGCAUCUUUACUAUGCAGAGGAUUUUGAAAAGAUGGGAGAAAUUACAAAGAAGCUCAAAUCCAGGAUAUGUAAAGACAAACCAACAGAAGAAAACAUGUGCCAGUGUGAGAGCGUGAUCAUGUUUCAAAACCAGGUCACUGAGAAGCUGAAGAACCUGGUGCAGAAUAUUGAGACUAUGUCCAAGAAGCUGGAGAAACUCGAGAAUCAAGUUGUGCACAAAUAAACAGGCUGAGACUCGUCCAUCCGGCGCAGCAUCCCCAGGAUCCUUUGACUCCUGCUCAGCAAGUUACACAAAUGCAAUGCUUUCUGCGGAAGCUAUUUGUACACUUUUGUAUACAACACAAUGUAUUCAAUGUAUUUUUUCCUGUAAUGGUCUUUGUUAUAUUAUGCCAAGUCAAUUAUUAACUCUCUGA